AUGCUGGUUACAGCGCUGUUCCUACUGACGAGCCUGGCACAAGCACGACCCUUCAACAUAACACACCUCAUAGUGCCGGAGGUCAUAGCUCCGGGCCAGGAAGAAGUCGAAAUCGAGUGCAGAUAUGACGCCAACUUUACAUUACUCAACUGGUUCAAAGGGCCUAACGAAUUCUUCAGAUACAGACCGGGCGCAGCUCCCAGCACGAGGUCAUUCCCGGUUCUUGGAGUCGGGAGAGUCGAACUUAUAAUUUGUGGACCGACGGCCUGCAGGCUGAAACUGGGCUCGCUAACAGAGGAAGCGACAGGGUUGUACAGGUGCGAUAUAGAAAGGGAUGUGCCACCUUAUAAAUUUGCUACUCGAACUGCCUAUAUGGAAGUUCACGGACAUGAGCAUAGGAAGCCAUUACUCGAGGGUCUUGAUGAAGAAUUUGGGGAAGGAGAUGACAUGCAGGCCUACUGUCGAGGGGAUCCAGAGACAGAGAUACGGUGGUAUAUAAAUGGGAGAGAGUUAGAAGAGAUGAGAGGGGCCACUUCUUUGAAGAGGAAGAGUUCCCGCUUGAUCUUCUUAGGAAUACCUCCAAUGGUUACUGUGCAAUGUGCGGAAUACAAGUUUGGGAAACUAUUUGGUUCCAACGAAGAGAGAGCUCGAUGGAAAGAUCACGUGGGCAGUAAGGAUGAAAGACCUCAGGAACAAAGGAACCUAUCAGCUACAGUGGAUAUGAAUAUUAUAUUAUUAAUGUUGAUGUUGUGUUGUAUCAAAGUUUAUUAA